AAUUAAAUCCAAACCAACUAACCAGUCUGGAGCAUAACACUUUUGAUAGCUUGUCCAAACUGAAAUAUUUAUUCAUCAGUAACAAUAGUUUAACACAUCUUCCACAAGGAAUAUUCAAUGGAACGAUAUCUCUAAAUUGGUUAGUUAUGUCAUCAAAUCAACUGACAAGUCUUAAGCCUGAUAUUUUCAAUAACUUGUCAAAUAUGGAAUAUUUAGAUAUUGAUAAGAAUAAUUUAACAUUUCUUCCACAAGAGAUAUUCAAUGGAUUGAUUAGUCUACGUCGUUUGAAUUUGAAUUCAAACAAACUGACCAGUCUGGAGCUUAACACUUUUAAUAGCUUGUCCAAGCUUGAGAAAUUAUAUAUCGGUUAUAAUAGCUUAAUAUCUCUUCCACAAGGAAUAUUUGAUGGAUUGGAGGGUCUAAUUAAGUUGGAUUUAUCAUCAAAUAAACUGUUAAGUCUUGAAAAUAAUACUUUUAGUAGCUUGUCCAGUCUUGAAACUUUAUAUAUCGGGAAUAAUAAUUUAACAUCUCUUCCACAAGGAAUAUUCGAUGGAUUGGAAUCUCUAAAUGUUUUAGAUUUAGCAUUUAAUAAACUGUCGAGUCUUGAAAAUAAUAUUUUUAAUAGGUUGGCCAAUCUUCAAACUUUAUAUAUCAGUAAUAAUAAUUUGACAUCUUUUCCAAAAAAUUUACCCGAUGGAUUGGAAAUCGAUUUUUGA